CAACUACAGGUGCCCAGCACCAUCCACAAGUUUGAAGGUUCUAGAGGCAUCGGCCCUUCAAGUUUGGUGCUUGAACGGAAGCGUCGGCUGCUAAGUACUGCUGGCUCUGGAGUUGAAACAGCUGCUCGUAGCACCUCAUUAAUGGUGUAUACAACAUUGUACACUGCUCAUCAGAAGCAUUCAACAGCCUCAGGGCUGGACAAGAGGGCAGCGUCUUCGUUCCUGGGCCAACGGCUAAUUUCGCAGUCUGACAAAUAAUUCGGCAGGCCUUGGUGUCUGUCGCACUUGAUUGUGGUGACUGCUCAGUAUUUGUGUCCCCGGCGGGUGUCAGACUGCGCUCCUUUGACGACCUGCAAGGGAGAGAGACUCGGAGGGUCACUCCACCACUGCACAAGCACAACUUGAAGCAUACAAGUUCACAGCACUUUGGUUGUCAAAAAGGUCACUGUCAAGGUCAACUAGUAGAUUGUUCUGGGUUGGUGGCCCGCCCGUCUCUCCACCAGCAUCUCUCUUCCGGCUCGUUGAUUUGGCCGUGAUUCAGCCGUGCUGGUUGCGCUGCACGACAGUGGGCGACGGCGGCACAACUAGAGAACUAGUCGAGCUGGACAGCUCAACCAGGUCGCCGCCCGCUCCGAGUCUGGAGACGGCGCCCACAGUGCGUCCACUCUGCUCUCGACGUCAACCACUGCCAGUCCCUCAAGUCCAACCCAAUCCAUCUCGAGCUCCAGAUCUGCUUCGCGGCCGCUUCUUGGAACCGACGUCAUCCAUUUUCCCGCCCGCCAGAUCUGCUGUUCCCUGUCGCAACUCAUUUAACGCUGUACACUAUCGAUGCACCUCAGCUGAAAGGUGCCCAUCUUCCGAGUCUCUUUGCUCGUUCCAUCAUCACAGAGCUAUCCCGCCGGUCAUCGUGCCAUCACCGCUAACAUUGCAACUCUACGUCUACGGUCCUCGCAGCUGCUCUCUAUGUCGAGACCAUGUCUGCAGCAUAGGUGCUUAGCUGUCAAGCCACGAUAAGGUCCUCCUCUACGACUCUUAACGAGCUCUUUUUCACAACUACCACGCCAUUUCGGCUCUCCUCACAAUGUCACGACCCAUCACUCCUGUUUCGCCAGUCCACAGCGCCAUGCUCGGCCACCAGCAGGAACCGUCGCUGCAUUCUGCGCGUCCUUUGAGCGCGCAGCCAUCAUCCCGCCCGGUUUCCUACGUCGGCUCACACCCGCCCGAUACCGCAUCGCACCUGGAACAGCCCCACGGUGUCCAGCAGGAUCCGUCGCUGCUGUCCAAUGCCGGGGAAUAUCACCAGGAGGCGCCUGUUGGUCAUGAAGAAGCUCCAGAUCUCACGAGGACUGAAUCCCAUAUAUCCGGAUCUCAAACGCUGCUUCCCUCACGCGGUGGGACCUUGAAGAAGAAGGCUUCCAUGCAUCGGAGUGCAAGCCUAAAGAGGUCGCCCAGCAAAAGAAGCAGCUAUGCCGGCUCAGUGCGUAGUCUGAAGCUGGGCGAGAAAGAAAAAUACGGGGAAACCGAGGAAUACAACAGUGUCUUCUAUUGCCCUGUGCCCACCUCGGGGAACCCCACAGAGCUCCUCGCAGCACGUUUUCAAGCAUGGCGCAAAGUAUUGAAAGAUCUGAUCAAUUACUUCCGGGACUUGCACAAGAUGUAUGAGGUUCGGGCCAAGUCCCUUUCCUCAAGUGCCAAUGUCAUAAACAACACGACCAUGCCCUCCAACUUCCUCUCUUCGGGGGGAAUCGGUGAUGCACUCCACAUCCUGCAGGAUUUCCACAAGCAAGCUCUUCUGGACUCCAACAAGGCUCGGGAUCUGGAGAACGAAGUCAUUAUCCAGUUAACCGGACUCCGCAGCGACCUGCAGCAAAAGAUAAAGGAAAUCAAGAGCUUGUCUGGCGAUUUCAAGAAUUCAGUAGACAAGGAACAAGAAGCCACCCGGAAAGCUGUACGCCAACUUCAGGAAGCCCUGGGCAUGGUCGACCACGACGCAGCAGCCACCACUGGAAAGAAUGAUCCUUUUCUCGUCAAGCUGGCUGUCGAUAGGCAAGUAGAGAGGCAGAUCGACGAAGAAAACUAUUUGCAUCGAGCAUACUUGAACCUUGAGGCAUCAGGCCGCGAACUUGAGUCAAUUGUGGUUGGAGAGAUUCAGAAAGCGUACAAUGUGGUGGCUGGGAUCCUCCGCCGCGAGGCCGACACUGCCUACGAUACAGCCGACAAGCUCAAGGAGGGACCUAUUGCCAUGCCUAAGGAUCAUGAGUGGGAAGAGUUCACUACCAACAGCAGCCAGAUGGUUGAUCCUAGGAAUCCAAUCCGCCAAGUUUCCCACAUUGUAUAUCCCGGCAAAGAUCAUCCUGCAGCUGUGGAGGUAAGGAGCGGGAUGCUUGAGCGGAAGAGUAAAUAUCUCAAGAACUAUACCCCUGGCUGGUACGUUCUAUCUCCGACACAUUUGCACGAAUUUAAGUCGGCCGACCGAAUCGCCUAUCAAUCUCCGGUUAUGUCUUUGUAUCUUCCGGAGCAGAAACUAGGCUCUCACUCCGAGCCCGGUUCUUCGUCACACAAAUUCAUGCUCAAAGGCCGGCAAACUGGCUCUAUGCAUCGUGGACACUCUUGGGUAUUCCGAGCCGAGUCCCAUGACACCAUGAUGGCCUGGUACAACGACAUCAAGGAGCUUACCGAAAGGAAAGGAGAAGAGCGAAACGAUUUCGUGCGGCGCCAACAUGCUAGGUCACUCUCGGGCAACAGUCUCAAACCCGCAAGCAUCAUUAGUUCAGAAGGCGGAAUGGAGGAAGAUGAGGCCGACCGUGUGGCCUUUUCGGGGGAACAAUCUGUUCGAGGAAACUCGGUCGCUGAAGGUGGCUAUGCCGGAGCUGGUGGGUUAGGUGUUGAGGGCGUGCAUGAUCUCGAGGACACCAGAUCUGAAGCCGGAUGGCGUCCUCCCCAACGACCAGCACCAGGUGGGCGAUUUCCAUCUGAUGUCAACGUACAGCGUGGCUUACAAGCACCGCUGUCCCCCUCUAGUGGAGAGAGUUCUGACCAAGAGCGCGAUGUCAUAGCAGCAGCAGGUGCUCUACCUGGCAGCGGUGUGCCCUUUGCACACACUGCAGAGGCACACACCGAGUUACAGGCCCCUCAACCCCGUUCUCGACCUGCUAGCAUGGCGAGCAAUGUUCAUUCAGCUAACCAACGCCCCUCCGACCACGGAGAAUAUGCUUCCACUCAUCGCCAGUACACUCCUGGCACCCAGGAUUAUGCUCACGUCCAGCAUCACCAUACUGCUGUGCAGCAUGGAAACGUUUCUACUCCUCAACAGCAGGAGUACCCGGCAGUUCAACACCCAAACAUCUUUCCUGUACAGCCUGUGUCGUCACCCCCCGAGACAGGAAGCCAAUACGGUGAAUGGAUGGCGCCAAUAGGGGCUGGAGCAGCAGGCGCGGCGGUAGGGGCUGGGGCUAUGCACCACCACCAGCAGCAGCAGCAGCAGCAGCAGCAAGGCUCGGCCCAGCCCACAGCACGUCAGCCAGACGCUGAAACGGCUAUCCCGGAUUAUGGCCAGUCGUCAGCGCCCAUCCCUGCCGCGACCGCUGCUCCCAUCGAUACACCUACUGCACCACGCGCAAUGAGCGACAGCACUACGGCGCGUAGUUCAGCCGCUGCCAACACGACCUCUUCGGGCACAGAGACCGGCACACUGUCUACUGCCCCUACGAGCACGGGGUAUCCAGCUGACAGCAUGUUCGACGCCAACGGCGUUUACAUUGGGCCCCGAAACACGACGGCACCACCGACAGAAUAUGUGGUGAAGCAUCCCGAUCGAAACAAGAGUUACACGACUGUCAGCGACUUGCACGUACCAGGGGAGUUUCCCCCAACGCCGGGUCUGGCGGAAGAGAGCAAGUUGUAUCAAGAGGUCAUCAAAACAGACGAAUAGAUGACGUCUAUGUCCACGCCGGCCCAUACGCUGUGGGUGCUCGCAGAUACUUAACCGUAUGGGUCGGUGCCCGAUUUAGUGGGAACAACGAGCCAUAUUAUCAUUGGAUCGAUGAUCUCACUGACAUCUGGCCACCAUCUGCGAUGUUCAUUAUCUGGAUACUGAAGGGUGGAGUUUAUUGUUUUUGCGAGGUGGAAGGUCUUGCUUUUGUGAUACCAGGAUCAUCACGGUCGUUUAUGGUUGUGUUUUUGUUUUGUUCAGUCAGGGCACCCGGCACCAGCCGCACGGUCCCAUCCCGGGCAAUACCUACGACCUACUAGGACUGCGGGUGGCAUUGAUGGUGCUGACCAGUCUAUUGGCUGUUCGGUCAUGGUGCUUUCUACCUCAGAUAGGUAUAUCCAGGGCACAGAUCUGGGCGCAAAGCUGUAAUCAUUAUUAUUGGAAAUCAUCGAGUUGAUUCUUUAGUUUCCCAAAUAUCGUACUGUAGUAUCCAAGUAGUAGCAGAUACCGUACCUAGGGUACUAACUACUAUGGUAGUAGGUAUAGUAGUACAAAAGACAAUGUCAGAUGUAAAACUGAUUCG